AUGGCAUGUGUAUUGCUAAAUCAAGACUAUGUGCAAAUUAAAAUACCGUCGUCAGAGACGGUAGAGAAUGUCACCUACUACGAGAUCGAGGUCACGAUAUCGUCCAUACAAUGGAUCGUCAAACACAGGUACAAUGAAUUUGCUGAAUUGCACGAUAUUCUGGUAUCGGAGCAUUGUGUGGAAAAAGAUAUUUUACCACCAAAAAAACUUAUCGGAAACAAAAGCGAAACAUUCAUUGAAAAGCGCAGAGCUGCCUUAGAAAUAUACCUCAAUGCUGUUUACAAUUACCUCAAAAAAGCAAUGCCCAGAGAACUAGCUCUAUUUCUUGAAAUGCACGUCUACGACAUAUUUUUUCUCCUUCAAAAUAUGGCUCUACAAUUUUUUAACGAUGGCAUUUCACUCUUGGAAGCCUCACAAAGUUAUGCCUUUGACCCUGUGCAGCUUUAUGCCAUCAGUGAGAGAUUAAAGCAGCCUCGCCCACCUCUGGAAGUAGUGGACCGAAAGUUUGACUUUAGUCAUGUUUUGGACUUCAAUUCCCACUUGAAGAGUAUGGUUGUUCAGGGCAGCAACGUUCUAUAUGGGGCAAGUAACAUUCUACCAUCUACAUUACCUAUAGAAUUUUCGACGUUUCGAAACAUAGAAAAUAUGACUAUCGAUGGGUACCCUGUACACAAGAUCUAUGACAUGGGAAAUCUGCGCGACACUGUAAAGGUACUGAAGGUCUAUAAUACUGGGCUGAAAAAUAUAGUAGAGCUCGCAAUGUGCGAAGAAGUUCAUAAGCAUAUUGCAAAUGCCAAUGACUCGCAUCUUUGGUUGAAAGUUACUCAUUUAGAUUUGAGCAACAACCGAAUUGAGGCUAUAGAUGAGGCGAUUAGAUUGCUACCGCAUAUUGAAUCUCUCAUAUUGAACUGUAACGUUCUCUCUGAAAUCUCUAACGUCACUUUGCUGCCGAGGUUAUCAGAGUUACAUUUAGCUUCCAAUAAUUUUACAGUCCUACCAGAUAACUUGCAUACAAAGUUGGGAAACAUUGUUUAUAUAGACUUAUCGCAGAAUAAAUUGACCUCGUUGUCUGCGUUCUCAAAAUUAUAUUCUCUAGAGGGUUUGGAUGUGAGUUGCAAUCAGAUAGAAGAAAUAGAAGAAAUAAAAUACAUCGGUUGCUUGCCUUGUUUAGAAAACUUGAGACUAACUGGUAACCCUGUUUCGACAAUUGUCGAUUAUAGAGUCAAGGUAUUAGAGCCAUUUGGAAAACGGGCAUCAGACAUUUGUUUAGAUAAUGAGAAACCAAAUCAGAAGGAAUUAGAUACCGUCUCUGUUCUCCAGGCACUCAGAAUUGCUAGAGAAGGUAAAAUAUCCGCUCAUAAUGCUACAGAAGCUGCUUUAUUCUCAGCACUGGUUCCGAGCCUCUAAGUUGACCAGGUGCAGCUUCUGUAAGCUCAUUCACCAAACUGACAUUUGGAAAUUUGUCUAUGAUAUUGUGGUAAAAAGUGGCUCAAAAUUGUAUAUUCCCAUAAAGACUGUAAAAAUGAGCACAAAGUUCUGAUCAAAUUUGUCAAAUGUUAACUCAAAUGUGAUUAUCUAACAUGCAGAUUUGGCCGACUUGUGAUUUUACGGCGUAUUUAAUUUUACUAAUGGUGCGUCAACUUUUUUUGACAAAUUUCACGAUAUCCUGUCAGUAUGCUAUACCAAAAUACAUUAGCUAAUAAUAUAAUAUGAGAGAAAAAACAAAAAACUCAUGGCUAUGGAGACUACUGUCUAUAAAGAUAUACUUAUGUUUAGACGUCCUGGUGAUAUAUCUCUAACCAGUGCAGCAACAUUGCUAAAUAUAGCCCACGGUAGAAGAAAUUAAUUUUAAAUUGAACCUAGCGUCUUCAAUUCGAACCUGGAUAAUCAUCGUUACCCAUUCUUUUACACUAGUUAGCAUGACCGAUUAUUAAUUAUUCUUUAUAUUUACCACAAACUUGAUAUUAAGAGCAAAUAAAAUAUUUGAGAGUUUACCGAUGGGAUAUUCCCUGGUUUUCUUUCAAAUAUGUUACAGAGAACGCUCAGAGAUAAUCCGUGAACCUAUUUUUACCGAAAAGUACUGUUGUAAUCAGUUACGCGUUUAAUAUUGUAAAAUAGAUUGACAUACGAAUUUUUUAUCAACGCAACGAUAGAUACCUAUAUAUUAUAUUCUGUACAUAAGAUGAGCAACUAUUUUGUUAAUAAAGUGAAAAAUCUGUGAUAAAGCCUUACUGCCUAAUUUCCCAUUUAAAACAUCAUGAAAUCGGGGCGGUAAAAAGCAAUUUGAUUACCAAGGAAAGAACGUACGAUCGCAUGAUGGCAUUGUUCUGUUUACUUUGAUUUUAUUCAUAAUCAUAUUAUGCCAUUUUGAAAGUAUUAAAAUAUUCAUAAAUAAUAUUAAUAAUGUAUAACGUUUACAUAUAUGCUAGGCGUCGCUUUUAGUCUUUUAAGGUACACCUAAACUAACACGUAUAUAUAAUAUAUAUAUGUAUAAGUUAUUGUUAUAAAUAAUUUUCUCAUUAAUUUUUUUUCCUUUUUCUUCUUAAUUUUUUUUUUUUUGUUUUUCUUAAACACGUUAUUUUAUACUUCUAUUUCUACGCCGCUUCCUUUGCAUUGGUCAUAAUUUCAAUAAUUGAGUAUAUUAUAACGAGUAUACAUAUAUUUUAGCUCGAGUGUAACGUAAGCUGAAUAGUCGCAAUCCUUGCAAAAAGCUGCAAAUACUUCAUAUUUCAAUCUAUCAACUUACUCUUCCCUGACUAUAAAACUCAAAAUUCAAAAUUAAAAAAAUUAAGUUCACCGUCGGAUAUCGACGGCUUGAAGAAACGAGUUUAGCAUGAGCAGCAAGACGACGCAAUGAAUUGUACAGAAAAUCAAAAUAGGUGAGCUAAAUUAUCAAACGAUCCUCAAGAAUAACUUUCGAAAAAUAAACAAAUACGUCAUGUGUAUUAGGUUUUAAUCAAAGGACACUUGCAGACAGAAAAAAAAAGUAGGGAAAGGAUAUAACACAAUGAAUUCUUUUCGGUAAAAUCCUAUUCAAAAUGUUCAUUUAUUUUCCAAUAAUUACGUUUCAUCUGUGUUUUACGUUUUCUUUAUUUUUCUUUAUUUUUUUUUUUUUCAUAUCCAUUCAGCCGGUUAAAAAAUUAUGCGAAUGCUCCGGAAGAAUUUCUUAGUUUUUUUGUUUCAUUGGGUAUGGUACCGGAAAUCAUAAGGAU